UUUGCCUUAGUAGAGACUGCUUUGUCCUUAAAAUUUGGUUUGUUUGAGCUAAAAAAAGAUCAAGUUAUCGUGACUAAUGGUUAAACACCGAUAACUGAUGUGCAUCCAUUGAUCCAAGGCUAAGCACGCAGCAUCAAGAAAAUCACCGGUUUACCUUUAAUAUUCCACAAGGAUUGAAGGUACUAGCAUCAUGCAUCUAGGCUGUAUUAGUGUUCUAGUAUUCCUUAUUACUGUCAGUCAAGUUGAAAUGAUGACAACAAAGAAGCGAAAUAUAAAGACGAGGCAAGAUAUUCCUGAAUCGAGCAAACCAGUCAUUGGGGUUCUUGCGCAAGAGACGUCAGGAAAAAUCAACAAAUUUGCUCAAGGACAAUAUGUACUGUCAACAUAUGUGGAUCUGUUACAAUCUGUUGGAGCUCGUGUAGUACCAAUCCUUGURAACCAAACGGCCGAAGAAGUAGAGGAUAUAUUUAAUUCAGUGAACGGGUUACUAAUACCGGGUGGUCAUGUUAAACUGCAAUACUCUAUGUACGGUAGAGUUGGUAAACAGCUUUUAGAUCUCGCAAUCAAGGCCAACGACAAGGGUGACGUGUUCCCAAUAUGGGCCGAGUGUCUUGGAUUAGAACUUAUAGCUUUAUUAGUAUCUGGAAGAGGCAUUAGUGAAGGGCAAUACGACUCCAAACUCUUUGAUACGGUCGAUGCCGAUUACAGCGGGAACCCACGAAAUACAGAAACCAAGAAAUACCAUCAGCAAAAUCUUGCCUCGCCCGAGUCUCCUGAACCGCCAACAAAAAAGAUCCGUCCAUCGUUCUCAGUUUAUCAAGUGGAAACGCUCAAGUCAGUGUUUACUCACAAGCAUUACCUUGGAAAAGGAGAACGGAAACAAUUAGCCGCUGAUCUGAACAUGACCGACGAACAAGUCAAGACGUGGUUUCAGAACAAGAGAACCAAACUAAAGAAAAAGAUGUCAAGAAUCGAUGACAGCUAUUCUACGAUACUUUGCGCAAACGAGCUUAGUUACCAUGGUUACCCUGGUCAUGAAUACCCAGGCCUUCGCAGAACUAUUGAUGGCAGACUUUCUUACUAG